AUAAACACGACUCUCUAUUUCUUGACAAUCAUCCUUUUUGAUCUUUCUCUUGCACAAUAUAUACAACAUUCAUGGAAGAUUCAUCCUCAGCAGCUUAUAUCCACCAGGUGCACCGUCUGAUAGAAGAGUGUAUUCUAUUCAACAUGAAUCAAGAAGAAUGCAUGGAAGCACUUUUCAAACAUGCAAAUAUCAAACCGAUUAUUACCUCUACAGUGUGGAAAGACUUAGAGAAGGAAAACAGGGAGUUCUUUCAUGCCUAUUCGAGGAGCCAAAAAGAAGGAAAUUCAAAGACAUCGAAGAGGGAAAAGAUACUCGACAUGGUUUCAGCAUCAAAAAAAUCGUCAAACUGACAAGUUUAGGGUUCAAAACCAGCAACCUUAGUUGUGGAAUGAACUAAAGUGGCCAUAAUGGAAGGAUUAAAUUAGUUUAUCUAUACUAUUAUGUAAGAAACUUAUUUAUUUUUUCACAUUCUUUUUAAUUUUAUGUUUU